CCUUCUCGCUCUCAACAGGCUUGUCAGUUUGGGUCUCGUUGCCUCAGAAUGCUUUUUCCAUGUUCGCAUCGCGGAGGGGGUCAUGGGUUUCCCUUAAUAAUGGCGAUGCUAGGUAGGCUUCACCAAAUCAGGAAGUGAAAUGGAGUAACUUCGCCAAGAUUGUUCCUCUACACUUCGGCCCGGGCUUCUGGCGGCGAUGGCAGAUGGUGGAGUUAGCAGAGCACCGCAUGAAUCAGGAGACACAUCCCCGGCUGUCUGCCUGGGAAGAGAUGUAGAAAUUGGCACGUCGCUGGGUGAAGAUGAGGAAGAGGCUGUAAAUCGACCAAAAGAGCCCUGAAGUGCUCUUUCGGCGUGAGAAGGCGAUGGCUGGUGGAAGGGGGUGACCAGCACAAGGAAAGAUGCCUUAGCAGCAGCUCCAGAGACCGAGCCAGGCCAGGUGGGAUGCACCAAGACCACCAUGGACGGAGCCCACAGCUCAGCGCUGCAGCUGCAGCAGCUCCCGCCCACUAGCAGUGCCAACUCCGCGAGCGAGGCUUCCUUCUCCUACAAGGAAAACUUGAUUGGUGCCCUCUUGGCGAUUUUCGGGCACCUUGUGGUCAGCAUUGCACUUAACCUCCAGAAGUACUGCCACAUCCGCCUAGCAGGCUCCAAGGACCCUCGGGCCUAUUUCAAGACCAAGACAUGGUGGCUGGGCCUGUUCCUGAUGCUGCUGGGCGAGCUCGGCGUGUUUGCCUCCUACGCUUUCGCUCCGCUCUCCCUGAUCGUGCCCCUCAGCGCAGUCUCCGUCAUAGCCAGUGCCAUCAUAGGAAUCAUAUUCAUCAAAGAAAAAUGGAAACCUAAAGACUUUCUGAGGCGCUACGUCUUAUCCUUUGUUGGCUGCGGUCUGGCCAUCGUGGGCACCUACUUGCUGGUGACAUUCGCACCCAACAGUCAUGAGAAGAUGACAGGCGAGAACAUCACCAAGCACCUCGUGAGCUGGCCUUUUCUCCUGUACAUGCUCGUGGAGAUCAUCCUGUUUUGCUUGCUGCUGUACUUCUACAAGGAGAGGAACGCCAACAACAUCGUUGUGAUUCUCCUCUUGGUGGCAUUACUUGGCUCGAUGACUGUGGUGACGGUAAAGGCCGUGGCUGGGAUGCUCAUCUUGUCCAUACAGGGGAACCUGCAGCUUGACUACCCCAUCUUCUACGUGAUGUUCGUGUGCAUGGUGGCGACCGCUGUCUAUCAAGCCACGUUUUUAGGUCAAGCCUCCCAGAUGUACGACUCCUCUUUGAUUGCCAGUGUGGGCUACAUCCUGUCCACGACCGUCGCCAUCACAGCAGGCGCGAUCUUUUACUUGGAUUUCAUCGGGGAGGACGUGCUGCACGUCUGCAUGUUUGCACUGGGGUGCCUCAUCGCAUUCUUGGGCGUCUUCUUAAUCACACGUAACAGGAAGCGGGCCAUUCCCUUCGAGCCCUAUAUCUCCAUGGAUGCCAUGCCAGGUAUGCAAACCAUGCAUGACAAGGGGAUGACAGUGCAGCCCGACCUCAAAGCUUCUUUCUCCUACGGGGCCCUGGAAAACAAUGACAACAUUUCUGAGAUCUACGCUCCUGCCACACUGCCCGUCAUGCAGGAAGAACACGGCUCCAGAAGCGCCUCCGGGGUUCCCUACCGAGUCCUGGAACACACCAAGAAGGAAUGAGCCUGCCUCGAAGGAGACUCACCUGCCCUCCAUUUAUAGCUGCUCAAGCCGUGCUGACAGUGGUUCAACCCUUAAUUCUGAAACUUGGCUUUCAAGCCUUUUUUUUUUUUUUUUUUUUAA